AUGGGUGGGUCCGGGUUGACUCUACACGACGUGGGGUUGAACGGGCACAACACGGCAGGUGCUAUGCUCAUCGGCUCAACUAUCUCAUACAUUCUGUACGGGGUGGUAGUUUGCCAAGUCAUUUACUACUUUCACCACUUUACAAAAGACCCUUAUCUAUUGAAAAUUAAUGUUGCGCUCGUUUGUCUCGCCGAGACAGUGAACGUUUUCUUGAUGAGUGCGGCUCUUUGGUACUACUUAAUUCGAAGAGGAGCGGAUAUGUCAUUCGAGGGAUUUAUCUUCUGCAAUGACUGGACUCUGAUGGCGCAAUCUGUCCCUACAGUUGGUCACUUUCCCCUUCGAAUAGCGGAGCAGCGAGAGGAUUGA